GGCGUGUGGGCUGCCGAGCUGUGCUGAUGGGGUGUGGUGGGGUGGGGUGGGCUGGAGUGGUGAGGGUUGGGUCAGCCUACCGUCAGUGUAAGCCUGUUAUAGGAGUUUUGGGCCAUUCUAAGAUAAGGAAGGGCACUUCUCCCAAUGAAUAAAGUAGAAAAAUUAUAAUCAACACCAGUUAAUCCUGAGAAUGGAUUGACUUGUCCCCAGGCUUUCUAUAUGAAAGAACAAUCUCACAAUCUCAUAUAGACAAGAGGAGAGGUGAUCCAGAGAGAUGGCAUCGGAGAAGGAGAUGAGAAACAUAGGUGAAGCACACCCAAUGAAGAGUGGAGAUGGUCUUUAUAGCUACUCCAACAACUCUUACUUACAGAGAGGAGUUAUGAACGCUGCCAAGCAAAUUGUGAGUGAGGCAAUUGUGGAAAACCUUGACAUCCUCAAAUUUUCUCCUUCAACCACCGUAAGGGUGGCUGACCUGGGUUGUUCAGUUGGGCCUAACACCUUCUUUGCAGUGCAAAACAUACUGGAAGCUAUUGAGCUCGAGUGCCAAAACCAAGGGCUCGAUUCCCAAAUCCCUGAAUUCCAAGUCUUCUUUAAUGAUCACACCUCCAACGACUUCAACUCUCUAUUCUCAUCCCUCCCUCCCAAUAGGCGAUAUCACGCUGCUGGGGUUCCGGGUUCUUUCUACUCUCGCCUGUUUCCCAAUCGCUCUCUUCAUAUUGUUCAUUCAUCCUGCGCCAUUCAGUGGCUUUCAAGAGUGCCAAAGAAGGUGGUGGACAGAAGUUCUCAAGCCUGGAACAAAGGAAGGAUCUAUUACCCAAGUGCUGCGGAUGAAGUUGUUGAGGCCUAUUCAGCUCAGUGUGCAGAGGACAUGGCACGGUUUUUGCAGGCGAGGGCACAAGAGAUUGCAGAUGGAGGGUUGAUGAUCCUAAUCUUUGCAGCCCGCCCUGAUGAAAUUCCUCAUUCUCAACUCGUUGCCAAUAUAAUGCACGACAUGUUGGGAUGUUGCCUCAUGGACAUGGCCAAAAAGGGAAUAGUAAGCGAAGAGAAAGUGGAUAUGUUCAACUUGCCAGUGUAUCACAUGUCUGAUCAAGAGCUGGAAGCGGCUGUAGAGAGAAAUGGAUGUUUCAGCAUUGAGAGAAUGGAGAGCCUACCUCCCAUCUCAAGUACUUUACAGUCACUUGUAAGCACUCGUCAUAAAGCCCAAGCAAUCUCAUUCCACGUAAGAGCUGCCAUGGAGGACCUCAUCAAGGCACAUUUUGGAGAAGAGAUCCUGGAUCAACUCUUUGACUCGUAUUCUAAAAAACUUGAACAAGAGUAUUCCCUGAUUGAGUCAGCUGGGACAUCAGCACUGAACUUGUGUGCUGUGCUCAAACGCAAACUAUGAAUUGCUGAGACCGUCCUCAUUUCUUUACCUUUCCCUGUGAUUUUUCCCUUGCUUCAUAACAGUACGAGAGGGUAUUUUGUUUCAAACUUGUGGGUACAUUACAGAUUUGCUUUCAGAGGGUAAUCAUCAAGACUGCUUUUGUAUGGUGGAAAGCAUAUUGUCUCUCCAGUCUCUGAAGUUAAUCAUUAUUACGAUUUAUUCA